CAUUCCGCAAUCGGCUAUUUUCCUUUUUAGGUUUCUUCGUCGCUUUCAUCGAGAAAGUCCCGGACGAUUACCCAAUCAUCUUCAAGAACAAAACCGCCGGUGAGAAAUCUCCGGCAGAUUUCGAUCGGCGAUUUGGCCUUGUUUCUCCCUAACAAAUUGCAUGAUUAGGGUUUUCUUAUUCUUCUUUUUCUUAUUCUUCUCAUCCUCCUCGUCGUCAGUCGCAUCUAUGACUUCGCCGUCGUCGGCUUAUGUGUUAUCAUGAAUAUCGGAUUUCGAGAUGACGGGACGCAUCUGUCCUCACGAUCAACCUUCCCUCCGAUCGCCGAUACCGUCACCGAAACCAGUGACUGAUUUACACCGCCACAGUGGUAGGAGCGUUUUAAGCUUGCUAGUUCAGCGGGAAAUUUCACCAAAGACCAAGUAUGUAGCAAGGAAAGGAUGGGGUGAAAAUAGACGGGACGCUGAUUCCUCCUGUGGGACCACUAAUGGACUGGUGAGAGAUGCUGGACGGGGGCUUGUUUCUUGGGUUGAGGUAGAGUCGUUGCAGCAUUUAUCUGCAAAAUAUUGUCCUCUUGUGCCUCCUCCAAGGUCAACAAUUGCAGCAGCUUUUAGUUCUGAUGGAAGAACUCUUGCUUCUACACAUGGUGACCACACUGUAAAGAUAAUUGACUGUGAAACUGGGAACUGCCUAAAGGUUUUGAGUGGCCAUCGGAGAACCCCUUGGGUGGUCAGAUUCCACCCACGCCAUUCAGAAAUACUUGCUAGUGGAAGCUUAGAUCAUGAGGUGCUCUUAUGGAAUGCAAAAACAGCAGAAUGCAUCAGAUCUCAUGAUUUCUAUCGGCCUAUUGCUUCUAUUGCGUUCCACGCUGAUGGUGAAUUGCUUGCUGUUGCAUCUGGACAUAAGUUGCACAUGUGGCGCUACAAUAACAGAGGUGAGGAUUCCUCGCCGAGCAUUGUGUUGAAGACAAGGCGCUCUAUGAGAGCUGUACACUUCCACCCACGUGGGGCUCCAUUUCUCUUGACUGCAGAGGUGAAUGACCUCGAUUCGUCAGAUACUUCAAUGACAAUGGCAACAUCUCUGGGUUAUUUGAGAUAUCCACCCCCUGCUAUUUUUGUAACCAAUACACAGGCUGGCAAUCGUGCUAGUUUGGCAGCUGAACUGCCUGGUGUACCGUUACCAUACUUGUGUGUGCCUCCAUAUUCCAUAGAUGAUUCAAGUGGUGCUCCAAUGGGGCUGCAGAAUAAUCAAAGUGCUGCAGAAAACAGCGGUAGAAUGAUGUCUGCCCCCUUGGCUACUCCAGCCGUUCCUUCUGGUCAAUAUCAUGUUUUAGAAGAUUCAGCAGGCUCUGCCCGAGCAGAAACUAGAACAUCUACUACUGCAGUUGAUGCCAUGGAUGUGGAUGAAAUUCAACUUGUUGGAAGAAAUGGAAUUCCUGGUCAAGCUUCAAAUCAAUCACAUCUCUUUGAGAUUGGACAGCUUCCGCAAUUAUUUCAGUUUAGAGACAGAGCAUUGGAAUUACCUUUUCUGAAAGGAUGGCCGAUGGCUCGAAGCCAUGCUGGUGCCCAUUCAAGGGCGCCUCUUAGUGGUAGUAGCGGUCAUGGACAUUCGGCUCCUGAUAUGGGUACUUCAGCAUCAUAUGUAUCAACAGGCAGUCUAGAGGCUGCAGUAGCGUCUUUAGAAAUCCCUGGUGGUGUUAAUUUAUAUGGCAUUUCUGGAAGAGGUGGCUCUCGAGACCGAAUUUCACAGACGCAAUUCUCAGGAUCACAGCAUGGUGUUUCCUCUCGUGGAACACAGCAUGGUGGGAACCAUGGGAUCACUACUCAACCUUUGAUCGACAGACUUCAGUCUGACAUUACUACUUCAAUUGCUGCUGCUGCCGCAGCUGCUGCUGCAGAGUUACCUUGCACUGUGAAGCUCAGAGUUUGGUCACAUGACAUCAAAGACCCAUGCGCACAAUUGAAGGCUGACAAAUGCCGGUUGACAAUAUCUCAUGCUGUUCUUUGCAGUGAGAUGGGAACCCAUUUUUCGCCAUGUGGGAGAUAUUUAGCUGCCUGUGUUGCAUGUGUUCUUCCUCAUACUGAGACAGAUCCUGGAUUGCUGAUACUGUUCCAACAAGAUUCAGGGCUUGCCACUUCCCCUACUCGACACCCUGUCACGGCACACCAAGUCAUGUACGAACUUCGUGUGUAUUCUCUUGAAAAGGAAACGUUUGGUUCAGUACUUGUCUCACGAGCAAUUAGAGCUGCACACUGCUUGACAUCUAUCCAGUUCUCGCCUACCUCGGAGCACAUAUUGCUUGCGUAUGGCCGGCGUCAUGGUUCUCUUUUGAAGAGCAUUGUCAGUGAUGGAGAAACAACAUCACAUUUUUUCACGGUGUUGGAAAUUUACAGAGUUUCAGAUAUGGAACUGGUGAGAGUACUCCCGAGCGCCGAGGACGAAGUUAAUGUAGCAUGUUUUCAUCCUGAUCCUGGAGGAGGUCUUGUUUAUGGAACAAAGGAGGGGAAACUCAGGAUCUUCCGGUAUAAUAACACCGGCUCUGCCUCCAACCUAUACGAACCAAACAACCUGCCUGAGGAAAAUCUAGCUGAGGUGCAGACGUUGGCAUUGGAGUGCUAACCAGUAAAACUGCAAUCGCCCAAUUCCAGAGGAGACCUCUAUCUUGGCUCAUUGCUUCUUCUUCUUCUGGUGUGGUUUCGUGUUCUUUUGUUCCUUCACGAUGCAGGAAAUGUUAAAAAAAAAAGGAAUGUUUUGUUGUUAGUUUCUGUAUCUGUAAGUUUUUUUUUAUAGUCCGAAGAUUCAUCGGGUCAAAGAUCCGACAACAUCUCCCAAAAGCGAGGAAGUCCAGUUGAGUGGAGAUUCGAACCUACAUCUGUAAAUUUGUAACACGGCUUGGUCAUAUAUAUAUAGGAGGGAGUUAGUUUCUCUGGCGCA